CUUCACCGUAGCAGAUGGCACGCAACAAAAUAAAAGUAAGAAUGGACUGUAGCUCAAGCUCUUUGAAUCCACGCUGUACGGUGUUUUUUGAUUUAGAGACAACUGGCCUAGGUCCCUCAUGUGAAAUUGUCCAAUUGGCCGCAGUGAGUGGAGAACACACUUUCAACCUUUUCAUGGUUCCCCGUUGCCGGAUGCAGCCUGGAGCAUCUCGAGUUACGGGUUUCAGGGUGAGACGCCAACGUCUGUUUCUCCACCGCAGGCCGGUGCUCACCAGCUCUCUCCGAGAAGCUCUAGUUUCCUUCAUAACGUUUCUCCAGAUGUUGGGUCGCCCGCUCCUGGCGGGCCACAACAUUCGCAGGUUUGACUGUCAUGUUUUGGCCAGAGCUCUGGAUGAGUUCAACUUGAGGUCAGACUUCCAGAAUGGGGUUUCUGGAUUCGUCGACACCCUUCCUCUCGCCCGACAGCUUCUCAAAUACAGCGGACUCCAGAGCUUCAAGCAGGAGAACUUGGUUAAGACCAUCCUGGGUGUUUCUUAUGCAGCUCACAAUGCUCUAGAGGAUGUGCUAGCCCUGCAGAAGCUCUACCGGGCCCUCACGCCCACAGCCAAUCAGAUUCAACAGCACAUAUUUACUCUAGACUCAUUGGCCAUUGCUGCUGUCAAUCAAGCUCCAACAAGACCGUCAGAACAGAGCGGUUUAUGCGAGCACCUCAGUAAAGCUGUGGAGAUCACAGAAGACAACAGACCACACAAACCUCUGUAAACGUCCAACUGGUCUGGGAUCAGAAACUCAGACCUCCUCUAUUUAUAACAGUAUUUAUAAGACCCUCUAUAGACUUUUAUAACAAAUGGAAAAAAAGUCUAGUUUGAACUUGUUUUAAGAUCAUUUAUAUUAUUUUGUGUAGUUUUAACCUAAGAAUAUCGAUAG